UCCAUUAAACGCCAUACAUCGAAGAAAUUCAGAAGAUCUCUUCCCAUGGAAGAUACAGUAGUCACUCAAUUACCGGAAGAUCAGAGUUACCUGCCGUCGUUCUGCCCGAGCUUCAAUUGUUACUCCUCCGGGAAACUCGUCGACGUCGCUGGCAGAGUCACCCUAGAGUGCAAUCGGGAGGAUCCAGGAGUUUUCUCUGCGGAAUUAUUGUUGGAUGAGUUGAAUGGAGGAGGAGGAGGUGGUGGUGGUGAUGAUUUCGAAUUCGUUUCUGUCUGCGUGGAUCACGGUGCGUCGACUUCGUUUCCGAUUUUUAAUCGCGAUUUAUUGUUGGAUGUUGACGAGCGAAAUCAGGAUCGUGAAUCUGAAGAUGGUGAUGACGUGGCGCCUCUUCUUGCUCCGUUGAGGAAUCUUUUCUUGGAGGACCAGGAUCCCUCGUCGUCGUCGUCAUCGGAGGCGGACGAGUUGGAAGGAGUGUCACCGGGGACGUACUGUGUUUGGACGCCGAAUAGCGAAGUCGAAUCGUCUCCGAGCAGAUGCAGGAAGAGUAAAUCGACGGGAUCGGUCUCCAAACGGUGGCCGAGGUUGCGAGAUUUUCUUCGGAGGAGCAAUAGCGAGAGUAAGGACACGUCCGUAGUGUUUCUGAAUCAUUCGCCAAAUUCGGCGACCAAAAACCGAGAAGAGAAGGCGGCGGAGAAGAAGAGCUCAAGCCAAGCGAAGGUGAAUGGAGCCGAGAAAUUAUCGGCGCAUGAGUUGUUCUACCUGAGAAACAAGGCGUUGAAAGAAGGCAAUCGGAGAAGGUCGUUUUUGCCGUACCGGCAAGACUUGGUUGGGCUUUUCGCUAAUGCGAGUGGCCUAGGCAACACUCUUCCUCCUUUCUGAGUGUAAUUGAGUUUUUUUUUUUUUUUUAAGGGGAAAAUUUCAAUUGAAUCGGCCUUAAAGGUGUUAAUUACUGUACUUACUAAAAAAGAUUUUGUUAA